UGGAUGUCAUAUCCAUUAAACUAAAAAAAACAUAUUUGGAGAAAGGAAAGAGAGGCAAAGUGAAAAGGGAAAGUUGGUUGAGAGAAGUUACAAGAUAUACUUGAGCUCCUGGUGUAACCUCCAAGCCAAAGUUCGAGAGAAACCCUCUAUUAUUUCUGUAAAGUGAACCAACCACUUAUCUCUCCCAUUCAUAUCUUCUCCAACUUCAGGUAGAGAUAGAGAAAUAUCUAGAGAUUGGAUAGGAUCUCUCAAAUCUCAAUAAUCAUGUCAACAAGGUCUCAAACUAUUGUUAACCACAGCGUGUUUGAAGAGCAAGAUCAGAUCCAUCCACAGAUGGGGUUCAUUCCUUUCCCUGCAAACAUGGCCUUUCCUCCUUAUCAAUCCUUGAAAACCCUUAAUGAAAUAGCUCCUUCACUAUCAUCUGAGGCUGCUUCUACUUCAAGUUUUGCAGAAACCCUGCUCACUACCUCUGUCCAAAAACCAAGAGAAGAUCUCAUCACUUCUACUUUGGGAGGAGGAGGAGAUAAUCUGCUUUCCUUGAACAGAUCAAGAGUUGAUUCAUGGGCAUGGCGAGAAGUAUCUGAUUGCUUGAUCAUGGGUAAAAGAAAUGGAGGAGGUGAUCCUCAUCAUCAUCAUCAUCUAGGGGUAUCUUCCAUGAAGAUGAAGAAAAUGAAGGCAAGAAGAAAGGUGAGGGAGCCUAGGUUUUGCUUCAAGACUAUGAGCGAUGUGGAUGUGUUGGAUGAUGGCUACAAGUGGAGGAAGUACGGACAGAAAGUGGUCAAGAACACACAGCACCCAAGAAGCUACUACCGUUGCACUAAAGAUAAUUGCCGAGUAAAGAAACGCGUGGAGCGCUUGGCUGAGGAUCCAAGAAUGGUGAUAACCACAUAUGAAGGGAGACAUGCGCACUCUCCAUCAAAUGAACUUGAAGACUCGCAAACUCCAUCUCAACUCGCUAACUUCUUGUGGUAGUAUAUACCAAUUUAACUAAUAUUCAAAUAUGUAUAUUUCUAUCUUAGAGGUUGUGUUAUGUAGACAUGAAAAACAGAAUACGGAGAGAGGAAUGAGUAAAAUUAUAUUGACAGUAUAGUAUCUAGGAAUCGAUGCAUGCUCUAGUUCAUUGUCUAUUUUCUCUCUUCUAUUCACUGCAGCUCUCAAAUUCACCUAUUUCAAAAGCACACAUAACAUAUAA